CGCUCCUGCUGCGCACAGAGCAUCCCAUAUGGAGACGUCCGCCCGGCGCUCGAGGACCCUGAAGCGGAGGAGAUGGGGCGGUCUACGGCAGCAGUGGCAGCUCCUGGGCCUGUUUCAGAUAGACGAGCAGCAUGAGUUUUACCACCUGACGUGUAUGAUGAAAGAGGGCCUGUCCGCAGCCAUACAACGCACCAGUGACCCCGUGCCAACUGCUGAACUAUCAGAGAAUGACUUCAAAUCAGAAGUUACUCACAUUCACAAGGACUUUACCAUGGAGACAUUUGCAGGCCCUGUGUUCGCCAGUCUGCGUGGCUCCUUGGGCCUGACUGAGCAGGAGUACCAACAGUCCCUUUGCUCUGAACACUUCUACCUCCAGUUUAUCAGUAACUCCAAAAGCAGGGCUGACUUUUUUCUGACAAAUGAUAAACGCUUCUUUCUGAAGACUCAGAACAGAAGGGAAAUUAAAUUUCUUCUGUCUAAUCUGAAGAUUUACGUGGAGCAUCUAAAGAAGUUUCCACAUUCACUUCUUGUCAAGUUCUUAGGAGUCCACAGAAUCACGUUUCCUCGGCGUCAAAAGAAGUUCUUCAUUGUUAUGCAAAGUGUGUUUUACCCGGAUGAGAGGAUCAACGCCAGGUAUGAUAUUAAAGGCUGUGAGGUCAGUCGUUGGACAGACCCUGCUCUAGAGGAGAGUCAUAUUAUUGUGGUACUCAAAGACCUUAACUUUGAAGGGCAGUUUAUUACACUGGACCAGCAGAGAUCCUGGCUGCUGCGACAGGUGGAAAUAGACACACAGUUUCUAAGGAGGUUAAACGUAUUGGACUACAGUUUACUCCUGGCACAUCAGCCCCUGCACUGGGAUGAGCGGCACCACUCCUUUGCCAACAUUAUCAUAAGAACCAAGCGAUCUGUGAUUCCGAGUUUCAGCCCAAAACAUCCCGUUGCUUCAGUCCCGGGUGAGGUUUUAGAGGACAACUCAAGUGCGAUUAUGUCUGAAAAAACAUUGACAGAACAUGCAUCUGGAGCUGAAAUGGUUCAUGCCUUUCCAGAGUGCACUGUGCCAUGCGGUGACACCACUGAUGUGCUGGACUACCAGGCUCAAAAUCGCCGCUUACUGCCCAACUUAAAGAAUCCUCUGCAUGUGAUUGAUGGACCAGAGCAGCGAUACUUCAUUGGCAUAAUUGACAUUUUCACUGUAUACAGCUUCAAGAAACGUCUCGAGCACUGGUGGAAAAGUCUGCGUCAUCCUGGGAAGAGUUUUUCUACGGUUAGUCCAGACACUUACUGCCACAGGUUACAGAGGUGGGUCCAGGACCACACCAAGUAAGAGUUUUU